AUGCACGCAUGCCCCAAUGAUUGCAUCUUGUAUAGGAAGGAGUAUGAGGAUUUAACUCAUUGUCCUAAUUGUGGUAUCUCAAGGUGGAAGGAAGGCAAAGAUUCAAUCUUGAAAGAGGGUGUGCCAGCGAAGGUGGUGUGGUAUUUUCCUCCAAUUCCAAGGUUUAAAAGGAUGUUUCGAUCACAUGAGACCGCUAAGAGUUUGACUUGGCAUGCUGCUAGAAAAUCAAUUGACGGUUAUAUGUCUCAUCCAGCGGAUUCCCCGUCUUGGAAACUUCUUGAUGAUAAAUGGCCCGAGUUUGGUAAUGAGCCGAGAAACUUGAGAUUGGCUCUUUCAUCUGAUGGAUUCAAUCCCCACAGUUCUCUAAGUAGCAGAUAUAGUUGCUGGCCAGUUAUCUUAGUUACAUAUAAUCUCCCUCCAUGGCUGUGCAUGAAACGAAACCCGGGAAAUGAUAUAGACGUCUACUUGGAGCCUUUGAUUGAUGAUUUAAAAUCUUUGUGGGAUGGGAUUGGAGGAGUGUAUGAUGCACAUAAUGGAGAAUACUUUACACUCAGAGCUGCAUUAAUGUGGACAAUUAAUGAUUUCCCCGCCUAUGGAAACUUAUCUGGUUGUGUUGUUAAAGGAUAUAAAGCUUGUCCAAUAUGCGGCGAUGAUACACCUAGUCACAGGUUGAAAAAUGGCCACAAAAUUUGUUACAUUGGGCAUAGAAAAUGGUUACCGAUCAAUCAUCCAUAUAGGAGGCAACGUGCAGCUUUUAAUGGGAAACCUGAAUAUGGCACGCCUCCUGAGCCAUUAACCGGAGAAGAAGUGCUGCAUAUGGUUGAAGAUGGUGACAGAGUUUGUUGGAAGAAGAAAUCAAUAUUCUUUGAUCUCGAGUAUUGGAAAUACCUUCCUGUGAGGCAUGUCCUAGAUGUUAUGCACAUUGAGAAGAAUGUUUGCGAUAGUAUCAUUGGUACAUUGCUGGAGAUCCCUGGAAAAAAUAAAGAUGGGAUUGCUGCUCGAUUAGAUUUAUUGAACAUGGGGGUCAAAACUGAUUUGCAACCCGAGUAUGGAGAAAGACGUACUCGUUUGCCUCCCGGGCCUUGGAAUUUGUCAAGAGCAGAGAAGAGAGAGGACUUCUUGGCCUUAAAUCACAUGAUUGAUACCUUAAUGCAACAAUUGUCCCGUGGCAAUUCGUUCUGUUUUGGAGAAGCGGCAAGAAUCGUACUCGUCCCGAAGGUUGCAUUGCUGAGCGGUAUUAUAGCUGAAGAAGCUGUAGAGUUUUGUACCGAGCAUUUAUCUGAUGUUAGUACAGUUGGAGUGCCUUCAAGCCAAAAGAUGGGAGUUUCAAAGCCAUUAUCAGGUUGCACAGUGAGCGUAGUUGAUCGGGACCUGUUGAACCGCACAUCUAUAUGUCUUGGAGAAUACGGAGGAGUCCUACCUUAUAUCGAGCAACAUAUGAUCCACAUCCAGACCGCUUAUCCAAAAUUUAGAAAGAGAACAAAGUGGCUGCAGGAUAAGCACAAUAGCACUUUCAUUCAAUGGCUACGCUUCAAGGUUCAAAGUGAACUUAAUGAGGAAGACAAUCAUGGCGUAUCAGAAAAUUUAAGGUGGCUAGCAGCUGGUCCAAACAUGGCAGUGCCAUUAUAUAGGAGCUAUCUCAUUAAAGGUAUUAAAUUCAACAUCAAGGCACAAGAUGAUGUGCGGACAACUCAAAAUAGGGAGUUUUAUUUACUUGCACAUACUAUGCAAGUUGCUAGUGCCAAGGAUAAAAACCCAAUUCUCUCAAAUAUGGGUUUCUAUGGUGUCAUUCAAGAAAUUUGGGACCUUGACUACCAAAAGUUUACAAUCCCAGUCUUUAGGUGUGAUUGGAUUGAUAAUACUUCUGGUCUUGUAGUGGACGAACUUGGAUUUACCCUUGUAGAUUUGAGUAAAAUUGGACAUAGGAAUGACCAAUUUGUUUUGGCUUCUCAAGUCAAACAAGUAUUUUUUGUUGACGACCCGAUGCAUCGUGGUUGGUCGGUAGUGUUAUCAAUGCCUAAUAGAGAAUAUAAUGAUGUUAUUGGUGAUGAUGUCUUAGGUGAUGUGAGAAUUGAGUGUGAGCCAUUUACUAGGGGGAUGCCAAAUGUUGACACAUUUGAUGAAGUGGUGGUUGAGUUAGGGAGUCAAAAUAUUCGAGAUGGGUGUGAAGAUAUAUGGGUUGAAUGA